CAUUUAUUUCAUGUGUGCGUAUAUACAACUGACAGGAUAAUACGGGUGAGUAGAAGUAGAGGCUCACCUUUUGUGUAUCUGCGUAACGUAAUAUUUCCGGAAACAUUCGGAUGCGUUUCGUGGACUUGAAAAAGAAAUGACGCGCAACGAGAUAAGGGAGAGCAAGGGAGAGAGAUGUUAGAACUGCAUUCCGCGAGCGAGAUCCUAGCUCUGCACUUGCGGCAUAGUCAUAGUGAUGUUUAUCAGUUAAUUCGAUAAGGAGCAUUAAAAAGAUUUCUGCUGUUACUGUUAUCACAUCACGAAGGCUAAAUACAGAAUACUUAUUGAUAUAUUUACACCUUGAAGAAACGCAGUACGUUGGGGUUAUGUCAUGUAUCUUUAAAUUAUAUUACCGCAUUAAUUAAUAUAGACGUUUGUUGAAUAACUUUGAGCUUGAAUAUUAUUUCAAAAUAAUCAAAUAAUUGUCUCGUGAUUUACACGUUCAGACUGUCGAGGAGUAAUCAUGCCCCGUGCAAAGAGAGCCAGAGCAAAGAGUGACGAGUUGUCAAGCGAGAAGAAACUCAAACGAUCGAAUUCGAGUGUCGUAGAUUAUAUGACUCAAAUACAAACGACUCUGGGAAUUAAACGAGAUGCGGAUGAAAAUGGAGAUUCGAGGGAACACACAUCUGCCAUGCCUGCAUCUGUUUUGGAUACAAAAGCAAAAAAAGAUGCAACUGAGAAUUCCUCGGUGGUGUCUGUACACGCUUCUGAUACAGAAGGAAAUGAAAAUGCAUUUGACCACACGUCCGUGAUAUCUGUGUCUGUCUCUGAUAAAUUGUUAUCGAUUGAACAAGAGCUUUGUGCCAGAUUGUCAAAUGUUACUUUCCCACCAUCCAUACAGUAUAUUUACAAUCCGCUUGGGUACGCAUUUGAAACACACGCCAUGUACGUACGUAAAUAUUGUGCUGGCGUGAAAAAGAUUCUGUUCGUCGGUAUGAAUCCUGGACCAUGGGGCAUGUCGCAAACUGGCGUGCCGUUUGGAGAGAUAAGUAUGGUGCGGGAUUGGCUCAAGAUCUCUGGUCCCAUUGGCAAACCCCCGAGGGAACAUCCCGACCGAAAGGUGACGGGAUUCGAAUGUGCACGCAGCGAGAUUAGUGGACUGAGGCUGUGGGGCCUCUUUCGAGACCUAUGUGGAACACCCGACAACUUUUUCCGAUAUGCCUACAUGCACAAUUAUUGCCCAUUCGCAUUUAUGGACGGCAAAGCUCGAAACAUCACCCCGGCGGAGAUAAAGGGUGAGGGACAAAGGAUUUUGCACGAGGCAUGCGACAGAGCCUUGAUCGACAUAAUACAACUUCUGAAAGCAGAGAUUGUUGUUGGAAUUGGCAACUACGCCGAAAAAAGAGCACUGACUGCGGUCCAAGCAGGAGGUCUUUCAGUGAAGGUGAUGGUCCUGCGACAUCCCAGUCCAAGAGCUGUGGGCAAUCAAAAUUGGAAUGAGACAGCUAUGCAGCGGCUAAAUGAAUUGGAGUUACUUAAAUACUUUGAAAAAGCAAGUACCGUCUAAACUUUCUCUUGCGCAAGAUACAAUUAUUUUUGAAGAUCAAAACUUCAAACGGCAAGCUUUUUUUU